UAAUGCACAAUAUGAGUAGCGCUUUCAUUAUAGAAUCAGCCAGCAGCGAAACCAGUAUCAGUGAUUAGUCGUGCUGCGCGUAUAAUGUGCAUGAAGUGAGUUGAAAUUAGAGGAUUCAAUUAUUUGUUAGCUGGGAAAGUUCCAAACUACUUCCGCAAUGCAUCCAUCCAUAAUUCAAACAUUUUCCUUCUCACUUCUUUCGGUUUUUGCUGUCGUCAGAUGUGUGUACGGACGGACGGACGUAGCGUUGGUGCAGUUUUAUUUGUGGGGCGAUAAGACGCCCACGAGUCUGACAUUCGUCGGUCCUGUGAUGACAAAGGGCGAGGAAGAUCUGGCACCGUACAAGGAUGUUCUCAAUAUAACAAGAGUCCUUCUCUACAGCCGCAAUGUAACGACCUGCGACGAGAUGAGCCUAAAAGCAACAUUCUGGGCUACGCGCUACUAUUACCGUGAGGCGAAUGGAAAUCCAGUGAUGGGAAUAUUCGGCCCCGGAUGCCCAUCUGUAGCAUUAUCUAUAGCUCCUUUGGCAAGAGCGUGGAAUAAACAGAUGCUAGCUACCACACGGGGCACUGAUUACACAUUUUCCAACAAGAAGCGUUUCCCUACGCUAACUAACUUCUCUCCCUUUAUUGACUGGGGCCUGGAAGUUUUCAUGCACAGAUUGCUAGAUCACUUUAGCUACAGCACUGUGGGAAUAUUGUGCGAUGAUGCCAACGACUAUUUGUCAAUUUACAUCCCAAUGUGCUCAAAUUUGUUCGAUACGAUGCGGCUGACGUAUAAUUUCAGCGCCAGUAGGUUUUACGUGAAUGCCACAGACGAAAACAAUGUGAAACAUUAUCUUGAAGAGAUUAGAUCUGCAGCUCGGGUUGUCAUCAUUAUUGCCCACGGCGACCGAAUUCGUCCCAUCAUGCUGGCAGCAUUCGAUAAGCAGAUGACGGAGGGUGAUUAUGUCUAUUUCACAGUUGAGCUAUUUCCAAGCGCAAGGUAUUUCGGUAGCAUUGCCUGGGACACCGGAAACAUUGAUAAGCGUGAUGCGGAUGCCCGAAUCGCCUUCCGUUCCCUCUUCAAAAUAUCUCUCCGCAGUCCGGAUGCCACGCCCGAGUACCUUAAUGUUACCGAUGAAAUAAAACGACGGUCAAAAAUAACGUUUGACUAUACAUACGCCGCUGGGGAAGAAGUCAAUCCAUUUGCAAUGGCUUACUACUACGCCCUCGCCAUAUACGGGCAGGUGCUAAACCAAGCCAUAGCGUUUGGAAUGAAUCCCAAUGACGGAGUUUCGAUGAGCAGACUGAUAUGGAAUCGCACAUUCACAGUAUUAGGUCAAGAUAUCACUCUUAACGCUAAUGGCGAUCGCGAUAUGGAUUGGGCCCUAAACCAAAUGGACAUUGAAACAGGAAUAUUUAUGCCUGUAUUGGAGUUUUCUGCCAAGCGCAAUGCCCUGGAAGUUUCUCGUGACCCAGAAAGCCACAGUUUCCGCAAAAUUGUUUGGUACAAGAGUGAUAGUCCGCCUCCUAACGAACCAAAAUGCGGCUACCGUGGAAUUAAACCGGAAUGCGAGACAGAGCAGCGUAACCAAUAUCAACAGCUGGUAGCCGCUGUCGUGAACUUGUUUGAAGUGAUCAAAGGAAUGAUAGCAUAAUUUCACUUAGCGGCUUCUAACCUUCCUCGGACCCACAAGAAAUUUCUCCAAUUCAUCAUGAUUUAUAUGUAUCAGCUUGAAUGUAGAUGCUUUGCUAUGAGCUGGCAAGGUACGAAAUGUGAUGGUACCAGCCAAUUCUUUCAAAGUUUAGUUUUGUGGAAUUAGGCGUAUGCUAAAGAAAACUGCUAUUUGCCAAGCGCAGAGGCGCUUCCUCGAGUGCCAGCAACCAACGGAUGCCUACUGGCAGUUAUUCGUAAUUUCGUAAAUACAUGUUUUGGCAAAAACAAAGCACCACAAUCCGGUGAGGAUCUGCGCUAGCAAAUCAAGUUAUUUAUUGAAUCUGUCCACAGGCCAUCAACUAACAAUUAGCUGUUGUUAGCACAUGAUCGUAAAGCUGCAAAGUGUAAACUA